AAGAGCUCGCCACGCCCACAGCUGUCUACACUGCCGGGCCCCGACCAUAAGUCGACCGUACUUCUCUUUCUUCUUCCUUGAGCUGCUGUGUGUUUCUCUGCGUCUUGUCAGUGUUUUAUUUUUAGUGUGUUUGGUGAAUACAGACAGGGAUGGCGGAGCUGGAGGGCCUGGAGUUUGGGAAGUCGGACUUUGUGCUCCUGGAUGAGGUGACAAUGGAGCAGUUUAUGGAGAAUCUGAAGUUGAGGUUUGAGAAGGGCCGUAUCUACACCUUCAUUGGAGAAGUAGUCGUCUCCGUUAACCCAUACAGACAGAUGGACAUUUAUGGCAAAGAUACCAUUGAUGCGUACCGGGGCCGGGAGCUGUAUGAAAACCCUCCUCACCUGUAUGCAGUGUCUGAUGCUGCAUAUAAGGCCAUGAAGAGACGGGCCAAAGACACCUGCAUCGUCAUAUCAGGUGAAAGUGGGGCAGGAAAAACAGAAGCUAGUAAAUACAUCAUGCAGUACAUUGCAGCCAUCACGAACCCAAGCCAGAGGGCGGAGGUUGAGAGCGUGAAGAAUGUGCUGCUCAAAUCCAACUGUGUGCUGGAGGCCUUUGGGAACGCCAAGACAAAUCGCAACGACAACUCCAGCCGCUUCGGCAAGUACAUGGACAUCAACUUCAACUUCAACGGUGAUCCCACCGGAGGGCACAUCAACAACUACCUGCUGGAGAAGUCCAGGGUAGUCCAGCAGCAAGAUGGGGAGAGGAACUUCCACUCAUUUUACCAGUUACUGCGUGGAGGCUCAGAUGAGAUGCUGCAGUCAUUUCAUCUACAGAGUGAUCCUGCUGUUUAUAUGUAUACCAAAGAGGGAUCAGCAACUGCCACCUCCAACAAUGAUCGCACAAGCCACAAAGCAGUGAUGAGUGCCCUGGAAGUGAUUGGCUUCUCAAAAGAGGAGAUAAACUCAAUUUAUAAGAUCCUGGCCUCCAUUCUUCUGUUGGGUAAUAUGCAGUUUGAGAGUGAUGGUGAGACCGUUCAGAUCGUGGGACUUGAAGCCGUGAACCACAUCUCUGAGCUGACAGACACAGAUGUCGACAGCGUCAGUAAGAGUCUGCUGUACCGCACUGUGGCCACCGGGGGCGGCGAGGUCAUCGAGAAGGGACACACGGAGCAGGACGCCUGCUUUGGACGGGACGCUUUCUCCAAGGCUCUAUAUGAGAGACUUUUCGGCUGGAUUGUAGGCCGCAUCAACGGUGUCAUUGAAGUUAAAGACUACAAUCCAGUGCUCCAUGGGAAAAACACAGUCAUUGGUGUGCUGGAUAUCUACGGCUUUGAGAUCUUUGACAACAACAGUUUUGAACAGUUCUGUAUCAACUAUUGCAACGAGAAGUUGCAGCAACUCUUCAUCGAGCUGAUCCUCAGACAGGAACAAGGGGAAUACCAGAGAGAGGGCAUCACCUGGCAACAUAUUGAUUACUUCAACAACCAGAUUAUUGUGGACCUUGUGGAGCAGCCACACAAAGGCAUCAUCUCCAUUUUGGACGAAGCUUGCCUCACUGUUGGUAAAGUCACAGACACGGUCUGCCUGGACAGCAUGGACACCAAACUGUCCCAGCACCCCCACUACACCUCCCGCAAGCUCAGCCCCACAGACAAAACCAUGGACUUUCAGAAACACUUCCGUAUUCGCCACUAUGCUGGAGACGUCACAUAUUCCGUCGAUGGCUUUUUGGACAAAAACAAGGACAUGCUUUUCCAAGAUUUCAAGCGUCUCAUGUACAACAGUGCCAACCCAGUCCUGAAGGAGAUGUGGCCAGAUGGUCAGCUGAGCAUCACAGAGGUCACCAAGCGACCUCUGACCGCGGCCACCCUCUUCAAGAACUCCAUUGUGGCCUUGGUGGAUAAACUGGCCUGCAAGGAGCCGUACUAUGUGCGAUGCAUAAAGCCCAACGAGAUGAAGUCUCCGGUGUUGUUUGACGACGCUCGCUGCCAGCACCAGGUGGCCUACCUCGGCCUGAUGGAGAAUGUGAUGGUGCGCAGGGCAGGCUUUGCCUACAGGCAGCCCUACGCUCGCUUCCUGCAGCGGUAUAAAAUGACAUGUGAGUACACCUGGCCGAACCACCUGAUGGCCACGGACAGAGAGGCCGUGGAGGCCAUCGUCACCCAGCACGGUUUCCAGGACGAUGUGGCGUACGGACACACCAAGCUGUUUGUGCGAACGCCGCGGUCUCUCUUCACUCUGGAACAGGAGAGAGCCGCCCUCAUCCCCAUCCUGGUGCUUUUCCUGCAGAAGGUGUGGCGUGGGGCUUUAGCUCGUAUGAGGUGCCAGCGGAUGAGGGCCAUCUAUGCAAUCAUGGGCUGCUAUAAGCGCUACAAGGUGAAGGCCCACUUCUGGGAGGUGGAGAGGAGGUUUGCUAAUGUGCGAACUAUGGCCGACUAUGGAAAGAGCGUGGAGUGGCCGACCCCGCCUGCAGCUCUGUCCAAGUUUCACAACAUCACAGUCAUUCUGCAUCACAGGUGGUGGGCGAGGCAGAUCGUGAAGAACAUCCCUCCGUCUGACAUGCUGGAGGUUCGGGCCAAAGUGGCGGCUCUGACUGCUCUGAGUGGAGAGAGAAAAGACUGGGGAGUCAGCAGAGCCUGGGAGAGGGACUACCUGGCCAAUGUGCGAGACUGCCCUCAGACCAGCUCCGGCUUCAUCCGCAUUUCCAAGGAGCUGAGGAACAAAGACGAGUACAGUCAGGUCCUCUUCUCUGGCUUCUGUAGGAAGGUGAAUAGAUUCAACAAAAGCACAGACCGAGGCCUGCUCGUUACAGACAAGUACGUCUACAAAUUAGAGCCAAAGAAACAGAACAAGGUUAUGAAGAGGCUUCCUUUAGACGCUUUUACAGGACUGAGUGUCACCAGCGGGGUUGACCAAAUGGUGGCGCUACACACGUCCUCCCAGGAUGAUGUGCUGCUGUGUCUGCAGCGAGGGGAGCUGUGCCCCAACCAGGAUCGAGUGGGUGAGCUGGUGGGAUCGUUGGUGGACCACUUCACACGUAUAAGAAAAGUCCAGUUUCCCGUGAAGGUUUGCCGUUCAGCCGUGCAGCUGCACAUGCGGGGCAAACCAAAGAGCGUCACCGUAGAAACCAAACCCGGCCAGACCAACGUAGAUUUCAAGAAGAGCCGCGAUGGUUUCCUCCUGCUCGUCCCCGCUAACUGACGGUCCGUCCAACCAAACCACCAACAGUUUGACCUCAGGACGCGGACGAGACCUGGUCCCUUGACAGAGUGAUGUAUCGAUUUCUGAAUUGGUCAAACUAUCAAUGAGGUUCUUGUUUACAACAAAGACACGGAUGUAAAUAUGUGACUGUCAGGACUUUGCCUUGAAAAGCAACAGUUUACUAGGAUUGUUUAAAUAUUUCUCACAAAGUGAGAAAGUGUUAAAGGUCCAAUGUGCAACAUUUAGGGGGAGCUAUUGGCAGAAAUGGAAUAUUAUAUUUAUAAGUAUGUUUUCAUUAGUGUACAAUCACCUGAAAAUAAGAAUCGUGUUUUCAUUACCUUAGAAUAAGCCGUUUAUAUCUACAGAGGGAGCAGGUCCCCUUCCACGGAAGCCGCCAUGUUGCACCGCCAUGUUUCUACAGUAGCCCAGAACGGACAAACCAAUCACUGGCUCUAGAGAGGGCCGUUCGCAUUUUUCGCAGCCACCGUAGUUUCUCCUGCACACUUGGAAGGGGAGGGUGAGGCGAGCGGUGUUCAAAUGGUUGCAAACUGCAUUUUCACCUCUAGAUGCCACUAAAUCCUACACACUGGACCUUUAACACAAAGCAGAGUUCCUGGUAGAGUCUGCUUCCUUAAUCCUGAGCUGCACGAGGACAAUGUUCACCGGACAAUUACGAAAGUGCUGAAUAGUUUUGGAGGUUAUUAUGUUGGUGUAGAGACUCGGGACACAGUUGCCAUACACACAUGUAUGAUAAUGUCUUUGCUUUUGCUGUUACAUACAAUAUUUGAAGAUAUUUUUUAAAGACAAGGUGGAACAAAAACAUGAAUAAAUGCACUUUUUGAUUGACAAAUUGUCACAAUGCAUAAAAACAAUCAAGACAAAACAUUCCAGAUAUAUUUUUGUACACUGAGUCGAAUUGUAACGAAAGGAGAACUGUUUUUUGUGCCUUGUCUCUUGCUGCUGCCAUAAAAAAAGGCAGAUUAUGACAAUUAUUCUAUGUCAGAAGUAAUAAAAAGGGGAAAGAGACACAAGACAGUGGAAGAAAAUAAAUUAUUCAAGAUUUACAUAA